CCAGUAUAUACCGUUUUUUUGAGACAACAUGGAAAUGGGACAUACCCGACAGCACUGACUUGUUUCUACGAUGGGGUGUGUAAACACUACUACAAGAAAAAAGAACUGUAGUCAACAACUACCUGUCCACACAGGUAUGAUGAUGAACCGCUGUGGUCUGCUAACUCUCCAGAGGGAACCAGUUCCUCUGAAGAGCAUUGAGGUGGAGCUGGAGGUGAGGGACCAUGUGGCUACAGUGGUCUCCACUCUGAACUACGAGAACAAGGAGGACAAACCAUUAGAGGCUGUUUUUGUCUUCCCUCUGCCUGGAGAUGCUGCUGUCUGUCAUUUCAGUGCUCAGAUUGGACAGACACAGAUUGUAGCUGAGGUGAAGGAGAAACAGAAGGCUCGUGAGGAGUAUGAUGAUGCUCUGAGCUCCGGUCAGCAGGCCUUCCUAUUGGAGGAGAGUGAUCAGAGUCCAGAUAUAUUCUCUCUGCGUGUGGGCAGUCUGCCUCCAGGAGAGAGCGCCUCCAUCAGGUUGGAGUACGUCACUGAGCUGGCUGUGCAGGCUGAUGAUGGUCUGAGGUUCUGUCUGCCUGCUGUGCUCAACCCUCGAUACCAACCUCAGGGUAGUAAAGGUGCAGGUGUCCAGGUGACUUCUGUUCCAGCCUCUCUGGUGCCCUACAGUCUGUCUUUUUCUGCCCGAGUGUCCUCUCCUCGUCCAGUCUCUAAAGUAGAGUCCAACUGUUCCCUGGACCCUCUGCAGUACCUCAACACUGAUCAAACCCAGGCCACGGUCAAGCUGGCUGCAGGACACAAGUUUGACAGAGAUGUUGAACUGCUGAUUUAUUACAAAGACGCCCACCAGCCCACUGCUGUGGUGGAGGCAGGACAGGCCUCUGCUGAGCCGGGCUCUCUGAUGGGUGAUCCAGUGGUGAUGGUGAGUCUGUACCCUGAGUUCCCCCAGUCUGUGAUGUCUUCAACGGCUUCAUGUGGAGAGUUUGUGUUCUUAAUGGAUCGAUCUGGAAGUAUGAGUAAUACUCGCAUCCGCAGUGCCAGGGAUACUCUGCUCCUCCUGUUGAAGAGUUUACCAGUGGGCUGCUAUUUCAACAUUUACAGUUUCGGGUCCAGAUAUGAACACAUCUUUCUUAAGAGUGUGGAGUACAGCCAGCAGACCAUGGAGGAGGCUCUGAAGAAAGUUGAGCAGAUGGAGGCUGAUCUUGGUGGAACGGAGAUCCUGCAGCCCCUCAAACAUAUUUACAGCCAGCCCUGCAUUCAAAAUCAGCCCAGACAGUUGUUUGUCUUUACUGAUGGAGAGGUGGGGAACACCAAAGAAGUGAUCGAUCUGGUGAAGAAGAAUUCAGGUUCUCACAGGUGUUUCUCUUUUGGGAUUGGGGAAGGGGCCAGCUCUGCUCUCAUCAAUGGGAUGGCCAAGGAAGGAGGAGGUGACGCUCAGUUCAUCACGGGGACUGACAGGAUGCAACCAAAAGUGAUGCAGUCGCUGCGAUUUGCUCUGCAGCCAGCUGUGGUCGACAUCUCAGUCACAUGGGAUUUACCACAGGAAGUGUCUGUCACUGUCCUCUCUCCACCCAUCACAACACUUUUCCAGGGUCAGAGGUCACUGAUUUAUGCCCAGCUCACUGGACAGAGCUCAGAGGCAGCAGAGGGCUGUGUGACGCUGAAGUACAGCCUGGCAGGUCAUCCCUCUGAGAACCAGCUGCACUUCAGUCUCAGACCUGCAGAGGACACUGGACUAACACUUCACAGGUUGGGUGCUCGCAAUCUGAUUCGUUCCCUGGAGAUGGAGGAGAGAGAUCGUAGAGGACAGCAAGAUGGAGGAGUGAAGGAGAAGGUGGUGCAGCUCAGUGUCCAAUCAGGAGUGAGCAGUUCGUUCACUGCCUUUAUUGCUGUCAACAAAGACAACAGCGAAGUGAUUCAAGGACCUCUUGUGCGCAGAAAUAUUCCAACACCCUGUACUUUCCCAAUAUUAAAGAGUUCAGGACGACAUAUGAGUGCUUUCAGAAUUUUAGGGAGUUCAGGACGAUAUAAGAGAGAGAGAAGAGAGUUGGGAUGUCUCUCAGUUCAUAUGGAUGCUCCACGUCGUAAGGCUAUAAUGUAUGCCUCCAUGGUGAUGUAUGAGGACACUGAAACAGAUGGAUUCCCGAUGAUGGAAGAAGAAAACCAGUCAAGAAAAUCUGCUGUGCCUGAGCAGCCACCCAGAGACCCUUUGCUGCAGUUAGUCUCCCUGCAGGAGGCGUCUGGCUGCUGGCUGCUUGAUCCAGCUCUGGCUGCUGCGCUGGGAAAGACCAACGAGGAGGUGGAAAAGUCAAAGCCUGAAAAGGCCAGCAGUGAAGUGUGGGCCACCAUUCUGGCUCUGAUCUGGCUUCAUGGUUUCAAGAUGGAUGCAAAGGACGAGUGGGAGCUUCUGGCUAUGAAGGCUGCCUCAUGGCUCUGUGCUCAGAAUGCACCGUGUGUGUCAGAGUGUGUGGAUGCUGGAAAUGUCCUGCUGGGUUGCAGCGUGAAGAAAGAAGCUCUGGGACUCUGAGGGUUUUCUUAAAGUAGCUUCAUCUUCAGAGUGAACAGAAGCAGGUCUACUUACUCCACACUGCCUUUGAUACAGAGCUGUUUUAUAUCAUCAAUCCCUUUUACAUGUUUAUUUGUUAUGAAUUAUGUACCUAAUUUUGGUUUUACCAUUGUGGAAAAAAAAAAAAAAAAAAGUGUGCGCAAUUAUCUGAAUACUCCUAACACAGUAAAAGAUUGAACCACUGCUGUGGCAGCUCAUUCAAGAAAGUGUUUUAAUUCCCUUUCUCUGCCACUAGAUGGCGAUUAUGUUCAUACUUUUUACUUAUUUCACACAGAAACACCAAAACCAAUCUAAGAAGUCUUUUCCCUUCCUGUUAUAGUUCUGAAAAUGGCUUCAGUUCAGGACAUUUUCAAGAUGGUCCUCAGUGAAUUGGAGUGAAUAGAGCUAAACUUUGAAAAUAACUAUUUGCAGUGUUUACACCAUCUUCUACACAAAACAGUCUAUCCUAGCUUUUAUUUUUUUAAAAAGUCAUAUUUUUAUGGCUAAAUUGAAAUGAAACUAUACAGAACAUCAUUCUGUUUCUCUCGCAGGAGUUACAAUUUUAUCCAUAAAACACUUUCAUUCUGCUAAUUGACACUGAUUGGUCCUUGAACGUCUUAAGACAGCACAUAGUCUUCAUUCAUGUUUGCUUACUUAUGAUUAUUUUUGAAUUUUCAAAAGUGCCUGUUUUGUAAUACUGUAGCAUAAAAAGUUAUGAAAUUUAUGUUUGGUCUGUUAUUUCUUUGUUGUAACAAUGUUUCUUGGCAAUAAAUUGUAUAUUAUUGGAAAGUC